CGCUGGUGAACAAAGGCGGACUACUUUAGGCGUGCUUGCCGAUGGAGGGAUGUCUGUCUGUCGGCCGGGACUCUUUGCGGCAGUGCUAAGAGGUGCAGGCUUCUUUGCCAGCAGCUGUCUAUUGUUCCCCACUGCACCUGCGGGCUGGCGGGUAUCAAUGUCCACCCAACCGCACCUUUCCGGAUGGCCCCUGUCUUUGCUCGGGGCUGCAGACAGCUUUCCAACAGCGAUGGGGGUUAGAGCGUGGCGUCUGGAACGAUCCGGGGCAGAGCAAGAGGGGAGUUCAGCUUCACGCCCGGUUGGCCGGCGAGGCAAGGCCUAGUACACAGCCGCCCACCCUGCCAGAGGUUGCAGUGGGCAUUCGUUGUUACGAAGGGUACAGGACAGCGGGCUGAACCGGGCUCCUCUGCAGUAACAGGCAGUGGAAUGCUGCCAUUUUAGACCAGCUGAACUCAGUUUCUGACCUGAGCGGUAGCCGUAAUGGUUAAACAAAACAGGAUUUUCACUGUCAUGAAAUAUCGUGGGUUUGUUAAUUGCUUUCUUAGAUCGUAGCAUUGAACAUUCUCUGUGGUAAAGGGUUGGACUUGAUGAUCUGUGAGGUCUCUUCCAACCCUGCUGAUACUGUGAUACUGUGAACUAGACUCCACGGUCCCUACGAUUAAAUGCAGCGAUUGUAUAAUCGUGAUGGGUUAUAAUACCCUGACCCCGUGAGGGCAGUUACUUGGUGCUGCUCAGGCCUCUCCGUCAGGGUGAAAUGCAAAUACGGGAUUGGAUCUCACCAAGUGGUGUAAUAGACACUAGAGGAACAGCUGAAUUUGGUCGACUGGAGAGUAAAUUUACAAUUCCUUGCUCUGCCUUGCUCACACAGCCUGAGUUCUCAAAUGGCUUCUUCCCUCCCUGGAUAAGCCACUCAAGGUAAAGGACCAGUUUGUCAUUCGAGAAAGUGGCACAGGGAAGGAAGCCUGGGCAGAAAACCAGAGUACAGUUUAGUCUGGCCAACUCUCUAGUUACAUCAGAACAAAGCAGGCUUUGUUACUGAAAUCUCUUGGUCACAGUUGUUUUAAAUACAAAUUUUAGGGGCUAGUUCUGCCCUGAAUAUACUAAUUAGAUGUUGUUUGGUAAUUGUGACGUUCAGCUGUUUAAAACAGGUUUCCACACUGCAAAGGCUCCUGGCUGCUCUUGGUAGAUUUUCACGUACUGGAAACAGCCAUCAGAGUUACUCUGGCAGCAAUUAUCUUAACCAGAAAGUGGUCACAGACUGUUCUUGAAUCUCAAAGCACAAGCCUCUUUAAAGUCUGCAGAGUUUUAUUACUUUGUGAUCUCCCAACAUUUGGUUUCCAGAGUCGUCUUUCUAAAGAGUAAGCCCUGGCAAAAAAAGGUACAUUUCCCAUAUAUGCCAUAUAUGCGGAUGAAGUAUCUCUUCAUCUCUUGGUUAGUAGUAUUUGUUGGCAGCUGGAUUAUCUAUGUUCAGUACUCCACGUACACAGAACUAUGCAGAGGACAUGACUGUAGGAAAAUAAUAUGCGAUAAAUACAAGACUGGAGUCAUUGAUGGGUCAGCAUGUAGCAGUCUUUGUGCUAAGGAAACACUGUACUUUGGAAAAUGUUUGUCAACAAAACCCAAUAACCAGAUAUAUUUAGGAAUCUGGGGAAAUCUGCAAGGUGUUAUAAAAUGCCAGAUGGAAGAAGCUGCUCAACUUGAUUUUGGUACUGACCCAGAACCAAGGAAGGAAAUAAUCCUAUUUGAUAAACCAACAAGAGGAACCACUGUUGAGAAAUUCAAAGAAAUGGUAUAUGGUCUUUUUAAAGCAAAAUUGGGUGAACAAGGAAAUCUUUCAGAACUGGUUAAUCUCAUCCUGUCUUUUGCUGAUGGAAACAAAGACGGUAGAGUUUCUUUGCCAGAGGCAAAAUCUGCGUGGGCACUUCUGCAGCUGGAUGAGUUUCUGUUAAUGGUGAUCUUGCAGGAUAAAGAACAUACACCCAAAUUGAUAGGAUUUUGUGGGGAUCUCUAUGUGACUGAAAGAGUUGAAUAUACCUCUCUCUAUGGAAUCAGCCUUCCAUGGAUUAUAGAACUUUUCAUUCCCUCUGGCUUUAGAAGAAGCAUGGACCAAUGGUUUACUCCAUCAUGGCCAAGAAAGGCAAAAAUAGCUAUAGGGCUUUUAGAAUUUGUGGAAGAUAUUUUCCAUGGACCUUAUGGGAACUUUCUAAUGUGUGAUACAAGUGCCAAAAACUUGGGAUAUAAUGAUAAAUAUGAUUUGAAAAUGAUGGACAUGAGAAAAAUUGUUCCAGAAAUGAAUUUGAAGGAAAUUAUUAAAGAUCGUCAGUGUGAAUCAGAUCUGGACUGUAUUUAUGGUACAGAUUGUAGAACUCUGUGUGACCAAAGCAAAAUGAGAUGUACUACAGAAGUCAUUCAGCCAAACUUGGCAAAAGCCUGUCAGCUACUUAAGGACUAUCUGCUUCGUGGUGCUCCCUCUGAUAUCCAUGAAGAACUAGAAAAACAACUGUACUUGUGUAUUGCCCUUAAAGUCACAGCAAAUCAGAUGGAAAUGGAGCAUUCUUUAAUACUUAAUAACUUAAAAACAUUACUGUGGAAGAAAAUUUCUCACACAAAUGAUUCUUAGUUUCUCCACCAGCAGAAGACAUUGAUGCCUGCCACCAGAGGUGGCCUACAACAUUGUUUUUAUCAAAUCUGCAGCAUUUUUAAAGUAUGUUUCUUUACUUGUUUCAUGAAUGGCUCUAACACUUGCCCUUCAGUCAGUAGAUAAUGGUAGGGCUUCUCGAAGUGUACCAACGAAUGAUCAGGCAGAGGCCAGAUGCACUUCUGGUGCUCCAGUGCUGCGUUAAGGAAGCAAGAACCUUGCAUGCUUGACUUUCUGUGCAGUGUCAGAUCUUGAAUAGGAUGAAAGUAUUCACUGUGCCACCACAUCAACUGAUGGACCAUUUCGGAACUCUGUGAAAAUCAGUGCUCACGUGAAAUACUUGCAAAAGAUUAUUUUUACCUAAGGAGUUUUAUGAAGAACCACCACUCUUGCAAAUAAGGUGUCUGAGUCCAAGCUGCUGUUGUGAAUAAACAACUGUGAGAUUGCAGUUUACUAAUACCUUGGCACGGCAGAAUUUGCACAUUAAUAUUUUUUAAACUGUGGAAAAUCAAAAUUAUAUUCUAGAACUUAAAGGUUGUACUAUGAGACAAAUUACUGUUUACACCUUGUUACCUCAUGCUUGCAUCUUGAAUGUUUCAGUAGUUCAGCUCUUUAUAAUUAGGUCCUUAUACAGUGAACCAUGGUGGAAGCCAAGAAUUUUACAAUAUGUUAUUUCUUAAAAUACUGUGGGAAUGGUAACAUCCAUUUCAAAAAUUGUAGGUUAUUCUACUUUGGUUAAAACCUUUAACUCAAAUUAUGCUGAGGCAAAUACCAGGGGGAAAAAAAAGCCAUUGUAUGAAAACUGAGGUGAAUUAAAAAUACUCAUAGCAGAGAUGUCCUAACAGUUAAAUCUUGCUUAGUUUAGGACUCUGCUGUAUGACAUGUGCAAAAAGAUACUUCUGGAUAAAAUCUUGCCUCUUUACUGUCCCUCCAAAUUCAGCUACAAACUUGGUACUUACAUCUACCCUCUUAACUAUUCCGAGAAGUAAGACAGAGCUAGACUUGAACUGUAUGAGAAAAGCUGGAGUGCUCAGGAUCUUGGAAUAUUGCUUAAGGGGAAGCUGUGAAACAGUACCAGCUAGGAAUGAGGUGGAAUGUUAAGUGAGCUGUAGUGUGUUCCUUUUUUUUCUAGUAGCAUCUAUUCCACUGUUAAGUCUCAAAUCAUGAGUAAAUAACCACUAUCUGAUCCUGGCACUCCACAUACCAUGACCACUGUACCAGAUUUAAUCUGCAUCCCUCUUGUCACAGAUUUACAUCUGUGUUCACAAUCAUGCAGAAUGGGAUGUACAUCAAGCACCUUAAUACUGUGCUCAGUUUAUGCUGUUUAACUCAUAAAUGCUCUAGGUAUGAAGUAGUUCAGUCCUUAAUGACUUUAGCAGCAGUCAGUCAUCCAUACCCCUCUAAAUCCUAGCCCUUUCAUUCUUUUUCAGCAUAGCUAAGAAGCACCUUUAUUUAAAUUUGAAAGUUUAAUUGCUGUAGGUAUAUUGCAUUAAAUGAAUACCAUGAAGGGUUAGACUGAAGGCCAGGACCAACAACUUUCAUUAUUCCAUAUGUAAGAGUAUGCAGUCUGAAUUAAGAAUGUACUGUUUUGUAUACAUCCGCUUUUAACAGUUACUAUUCUAAUUACUGUAUGUAAUUUGAUAAUGUUCUCCAACCCCAAGCUAGCAGUAAUUGUAGCCAGCAGUACACUCAAGUGUGAUCAUGUUCUUGGUGGGAAAAAUCUGACUAAUUGCUACUAGGUUUUGGGUGGGGAAAAUUGAAUCCAAAUUUAUGUUUGGUAUUUUAAACAAGCAAAACCCAUCUUUAAUAGUGCAGUUUGAUAAACAAAGGUUCUGUACAAGUUGCUGUUGCCUCACGUUGGAACUUUCAUUGAAAAAUACACUGGUUUACAAUAAA